ACUUGUGGCUUUAUAAACACAGCCCUCCAGCUGGGACUGUUCCCUCAGGGCUGCUUUCACCAUGGCUCGCUGGCACAUCCUGGCCUUGGCCCUGUGCUCCUACCUUGGGGUAGCCUGGGCUGCCACACUGGGUGUGGUGUCCACCGAGGGAGGAUUUGUGGAAGGCGAGAACAAGAAACUGGGACUCUUUGGGGGCUAUGUUGACAUCUUCAGAGGGAUUCCCUUUGCUGCUCCUCCAAAGACUCUGGAAGACCCUCAGCCUCAUCCUGGCUGGGAUGGAACUCUGAAGGCAAAAGAAUUCAAAAACCGCUGCCUGCAGGUGAAGAUGACACAGACUGAUGUCCGUGGGAGCGAGGACUGUCUCUACCUGAACAUCUGGGUCCCCCAAGGGAGAAAACAGGUCUCUACCAAGCUGCCCGUGAUGGUUUAUAUCUACGGCGGUGCCUUCCUGGUGGGAGGCGCCCAGGGAGCCAAUUUCCUGGACAACUACCUGUACGAUGGGGAGGAGAUCGCCGUGCGGGGCAACGUCAUUGUGGUGACCAUCAACUACCGCGUGGGGCCGCUGGGCUUCCUGAGCACCGGGGACGAAAACCUGCCAGGGAACUACGGGCUCAAGGACCAGCACAUGGCCAUAGCCUGGGUGAAGAGGAACAUCAAGGCCUUUGGGGGUGACCCAGACAACAUCACCAUCUUUGGGGAAUCGGCCGGUGCUGCCAGUGUCUCCCUGCAGAUGCUGUCCCCAAAGAAUAAGGGCCUGUUCAAGAGAGCCAUCAGCCAGAGCGGUGUUGGGGUCUGCAGCUGGGCCAUCCAGAGGGACCCGCUUGUCUGGGCCAAAAAGCUUGGAGAAAAGAUGGGCUGCCGCACAGACAACACCACCAUCUUGGCCAAUUGCCUCCGUAUCACUGACCCCAAAGCCUUGACCCUGGCCUACCACCUGCAGCUCACCCACCUGUCCAUGCCCCUGGUGCACACCCUCGCCCUCUCUCCAGUUGUGGAUGGGGAUUUCCUCCCAGACGUGCCAGAGGAGCUCUUUGCCAACGCUGCUGACAUCGACUACCUGGCCGGGGUCAAUGACAUGGACGGGCACCUCUUUGCUGGCUUUGAUGUACCCGCCAUCAACCGCCCGCUGGUGAAGAUCACUGCUGACCAGGUCUAUGAUUUGGUCAAAGGCCUCACCGUGGACAGGGGCGAAGCUGGAGCCAAUGCCACCUACAACAUCUACACACAGAACUGGGGUGCAAAUCCUGAGCAGGAGGUUGUGAAGAAGACAGUGGUGGGCCUGAUCACUGACUACAUCUUCCUGAUUCCCACACAGGUGGCACUGGACCUGCACCUGCAGAAUGCCAAGAGUGGCAAGACCUACAGCUACUUGUUCUCUGAGCCGUCCCGCAUGCCCCUCUACCCCCGCUGGGUGGGGGCAGACCAUGCUGAUGACCUGCAGUACGUCUUUGGGAAGCCCUUUGCCACUCCCCUGGGCUACUGGCCCAAGUACAGGACUCUCUCAAAGGCCAUGAUUGCUUACUGGACCAAUUUUGCCAGGACUGGUGAUCCCAACACAGGGCAUUCAAAUGUGCCUGUUUCCUGGCCAGCCUACACCAACAAUGCCAAGUACUACCUGGAUAUCAACCACAAGAUGAACAAGAACUCUGUGAAGCAGAACCUGAGGUCCACCUUUGUGACCUUCUGGAACUCGGUCUAUCUGAAGCUGCCACAGGUUGCUGACAUCUCCCAGUCGGCAUUAACGUUCUGAAGCUAAGAAAAAAACACGUUUUAGAGAUCAUUAAAGGCUUGCUUGUA